AUGUUUCUUAACCAUUCGAGAAGAGGACAUAACAUCACUACGCUCACUGAUUUCGACCCCCCUGUUUAUGGGAAAAAGAUUGCAGUUAGUUUAAUAGUAGCGAUUGUUGGUGGAGGAGUAUUUUUUGUAUUUUUAAUCGUACUUAUCUUGUGGAGAAAAGGCUUCUUUACGGGUAAAAAUGCGAAAGAUAGAGAGCUCAAAGGUCUGGAUCUGCAAACUGGAAUAUUCACUCUAAGACAGAUAAAAGCUGCAACUAAAAACUUUGAUCUGUCAAACAAGCUUGGCGAAGGUGGUUUUGGUGUUGUUUCCAAGGGUUCAUUAUCGGAUGGGUCAAUCAUUGCAGUGAAACAACUAUCAUCAAAGUCCAAACAAGGUGGGACAAUAACUGCCUAUCUCGUGCCCUUUUCGAAAUUGCAGCUUCUGACAAGAGCAAACUCAGUUUGUGCUUCAUGUUUAUCUUUAGGGGGGAACGACAAUGCAAGGGCGUUCUCAUCAAAAAGGUACCCUUCAAAACUUGAUACACCACACUCUACACCUAAAAUUGGUCCAAGGGCAACUAAUGUUGAAUGCAAAUGUUGA